UCUUGGACCUCUGUAAUAGUUGGUUGUAUUUCUGCUUCCUUAGCUGGAAUAUUCAAUAACUCAGAUUUAUAUCCCUGUCUGUGGAAAGAGAGUUCUGAAACGUCCAAUAUCUCAGAUGCAUAUCCCCCUCUGUGGAAAGAGAGUCCUGGUGAGUUCAGUGACUACAAGGUAGAAAAUGGAAAGUAUGUUAUUAAUGUCUGGCAUUACCUUGAGAGAAUGGGGACAUAUAAAAUCCUAUUGAACAAGACAGCCAAGUAUUUUGAAAAAUUUGCACCCGAAAAUGAACAAAAUAUUUUAUGGGGAUUGCCUGUACAUCAUGGAUGGCAAUAUUAUACAGGCAGGUUAGCUGAUCCCACCCAAAGGACUGGCUGCGGCCAUGAAUCUGGGGAUCAUCUGUGCAUCUCUGUGGACAGUUGGUGGGCCGACUUUAAUUAUUAUCUCUCUGCAAUGCCCUUCCUUGCUGCGAUUGAUUCCGGCAUAAUGGGGAUAUCAUCAGACAAUGUCACUUUUUUGCCACCAUCCAAGGAUCAGAUGAGUUUUUGUUAUAAUGUUUCUAGCUGUCAUUCAUCCUUUCCAGAAGCAAUGAAAAAGUGGAAUGAAUUUUAUCAGCAUGUAAAGUCAUGUUCUGAUAACCUUGAUGACCUGUUGAAGUACUUAUGGGCUGCACAUGUCUCGUCUUUGAAAAUUGCUCAUAAAAGUUUUCAUGAUAGGUUAAAAUAUUAUUCUAAACAAGAAGCGGAUUUUGAAAGAAGCUGGGCUUUGUUCGUGGAUUAUUUAGCUCCACCACGCUUUCCUACAACUUUAACUAGAAUGUAUGAAUUCCAGAAGGGCCUGCCGACACGGAUGCUUGCUAGUGGGGAUAUAGCCCCUUUCAUCAAGGACUUUACUGGCUUUCAGAACACAGUCCUGCUUGCUCUAAAUUUUAUCCGCAAAGUGCAUGAAUAUACAGGAACAUUGUCUUUUACUGUAUGGAAAACUUUAAUGAAGGUAAAAGUUGCAAGGAAACUGUUUCUAGAGAUUUUGGAAUUCAUCCUUCACUUUUUUAAUUAACUGCUUCUCAAAAUUUAUCCAUAAUGAUAAUUUCUCAAGGAACAGUAUUCUCAAAGAUUAGUCUUUGCAUGUUUGCUUAAUUUUGUCACUGUCUGUGCCCAUAUUUUAAAAUUUGAUUUAAUGUUGCUGUUAAUUUACUUAAUUAAUAAUUAUGGAAUUAACAUUAAUAAUAAUUAAAGUUUAACUUCCCAAUGUAGAUUGGGUUAAAUAACUGACAAAUGCUGUUAAAUUAAUAAAGGUCA